GAUUCUCCCAUUUUUCAGAGUAAACAUAAAUUUUAUCGCCUUAGCUCAUUUCGUCGCUAAUUUGAAAUUAGAUCGAUAAUUAGAACAUCUGAAUGUUCACUUUGUUCUGUUAAGUUCAGUUCACUAUUCUACGCAUACUCUUAAACAUUUCACGUAUUCAUUCGUGAAGUAUGUCUCUGACUGGAUGUAAAACUUUCAUUUUUGUCUUUAAUAUUUUAACGAUCUUGCACAUAUGUUGUGCAAACCAGAAUGUCAAACAUAAAGCUAGGAUAAACUAUAAACUUAAAAGUGAAUAUGUAUCGAACGAAAUAGAUACAAAAAGUCUAGCUAGCUGCUUGAUUAAUUGUUCCUCGCAGCAAGAUUGUAUUUCGGCAUCAUUUAAAUCACCGACAGAAAAGUGUUUGUUGUCGUCGUAUGAUACAAUUUGUGACAGCGGAAGUGGACCUAGUUUUUUGACGGGAAUAGUAUUUGCAGAGGGGUGGACAACAAUGACAAGGAUAAAAUACCCAGACACUACAAUGUGUCCGGAUGGAUGGAAGUACUUCGAGAAUUCAUGUUACUUAUUUGGGAGUAAUAAUCUUAAAUUCUACGAAGCUCAGUGUUUUUGCAGUCAGUUCGAUGCCAAUCUCGUGAACAUAGAAAGUGUUGCCGAAAAUGAAUUUCUUAGAGGCAUUCUGUUGCAACAUGAAGCGCCAAAACACUGGAUUGGCAUGACCGAUUAUGAUAUUGAAGAUGACUGGAGGCACUUCCCGUCUUUGAAGGCAGUCACAUGGUUUGAUUGGGGGCAAAACCAACCGAAUAAUGGUAGAGUUUCUAACUGUGCGGGAAUUUGGCAAAGUUUCGACACCCGCUGGGUCGAUGAACCCUGCACAAACUUAUUUCGACCGAUAUGUGAACGAAAGGGAAACGUCAAUAAUUAAGAAGUUUCUUCGUUGAGUGUACCAAUUUAGCAAGGACUUUUCGAAAUAUACAAGACUUGAUUUCAGUAGAUCGUAAUUUUGAUUAUAUUGUGUAUUGCUAACCUUAAACGUUAAAUUAUAACGAAUAUUGCUGACCUGAGCUAGCUCUGGGUGAGCUUAUAGGAUCAUUCAAUGUCCGUCGUCUGUCGUCCAACGUUUGUCCACAUUUGUUCGUUAACACUCUAGUGGUCGCAUUUUUUCCUCAAUCAUCAUCAAACUUUGUCAGGAUGCUUGUCUAGGUAAUUGCUCGGGUGAGUUAGAACAUGGGUUACCUCACAUAAGCUAAAAAUAGUAAAAUCUUGUUAACACUCUAGUGACCACUGUUUCAAUCAAAAUAUCUUGGAAAUUGGUUUGAAAGUUUGUUUUGAUAAUCUCUAGAUCAGGUUCGAAUAUGGGUCACCUGGGGUUACAUACUAGAUCACACUGCCCAAAUAUGGCAAAACCUUGUUAACACUCUAGGGGUGUCAUUUUUGACUCAAUUGUCAUCAUAUUUGGUCAGGAUGCUUGUCUAGCUAAUUGCUUGGAUAAAAUUCAACAUAUGUCAUCUCUGAUUUACAGGAGCUAAAAUAACAAAUCUUGGCUACUGUUUUGAUCCAAAUAUCCUGUUUAACGGUCUGCAAAUGAUUUAUUGGUCAGUUUCGGAUAUGGGUCACCUGGGAUCAAAAACUAGGUCAUUCUACCCAAAUAUGGAAAAACCUUGUUAACGCUCUAGUGGUCACAUCUUUGACUCAAUUGUUACCAAACUUUGUCAAAAUGCUUGUCACAGUAAUUGCUCGGAUGAGUUU